AUGAGUGAUCAAAAUGAGCAUCACGAAGAUCUUUAAUAGAUUUUAGCUAAAGUUAAGGAUGUGGAUGAAUCAAUAUACCAUUUGAUAAUUGAAAUGUUGAGAAAAGAAAAAAUUUCAGAUUGCAUAGAAUUUCCGUUAAAAGUUGAUUCAAAGAUGCAUAAGACUGAUUAAGUAAAUAAAAACUUUCAACUAAUUGCAGAAAUUGCCAAAAAUAUAAAAAAUCAUAAUUUUAAUAAAUAUAAUUAUAAUGAAGAAAUCUACUUUGAUGAGCAACAAAAAAUAAUAUAAUUUAUAUAAAAAAAAACAUAAGAUUCAAAAAUCAUUCCAUUUUUUAAAUUUUUAGUCCUUCUCACAGCGAUAGAUAAAACUUUAGUUUAAUGUGGGUCAAAUUCGUUAAAUUUAUUAGUGAGGAUGAAGGUGGACCUUCGAAACUAAAAUUUUGAAAACAUUAGAAUUGAAAAUUCAUCCUUAGUGGGAGCCAAUUUUGUUAAAUGCAACUUAAGUGGAUCAGAAUUUUAGAAUGUAGAAAUAAGUGGUAUGAAUUUGAAUGGAGCAGAGUUAUUUAAUUGUAAAUGGAACAAUUUGAAAAUACAUAAAUUGAAUAAACUAGACGGCCAUACUUGGUCAGUUCUCUCGGUAUGUUUCUCUCCUGAUGGAACUAUGUUAGCUUCUGGAAGUCGGAAUUAGCCUAUUUGCUUAUGGGAUUUUAGGACAGGAUAAUAAAAGGCCUAGAUGUAUGGUCAUAGUAAGUAUGCCUACUCGGUCUUAAUGAAGUCUACUCGGUAUCAUUCUCUAAUGAUGGAACUCUGUUAGCAUCUGGCAGUAAGGAUAAAUCUAUCCUUUUAUGGGAUGUCAAGACAGGUGAAUAAAAGGCCAAAUUUGUUGGUCACGCUUGGUCAGUCUACUCAGUAUACUUUUCUCCUGAUGGAUAUACAUUAGCAUCUGGUGGACAUAACUCUAUCCGUAUAUGGGAUCUGAAGACAGGAUAAAAAUAGAAUGAAGUAGAUGGUCACAGCCUGCUUGUCUCGUCAGUUUGCUUCUCUUCUGAUGGUGUAACAUUAGCAUCUGAUAGUGAUGAUAACUCUAUACGUUUAUGGGAUGUAAAGACAGGAAAAUAAAAAGCCAAGUUAGAUGGUCAUGUCAAUGGAGUACGUUCAGUUAAAUUUUCUCCUGAUAGUAAUGUAUUAGCCUCUGGGAGUUUGGAUAACUCUAUCAGGUUAUGGGAUGUUAAGACAAGAAAAGAAAAGGCUCAAUAACACGGACAUUCAAGUGGAAUCUUAUCAGUUUGUUUUUCUCCUGAUGGUACUACAUUAGCAUCUGGAAGUUAAGAUUGCUCUAUCCGUUUGUGGAAUGUUAAGACAGGAAAAUAACAAGCCCAACUAGAUGGCCAUAAUAAUUGGAUUCUAUCAGUAUGCUUUUCUCCUGAUGGAACUACAUUAGCAUUUGGCAGUAGUGAUAAUUCUAUCAGCUUAUGGGAUGUUAAGGAUGUUCUCAAUCAGUAUUAAUCCCCGCUAUAGUAAAACCGAUCUUUAGAUUUUGAAGAGGAUUGUGGUAGUAUUUAUACAAAUUUAGUAAAUUCUUACAUAACUAUACUACUUAUAUCACAAUAGCCUAAGGAACAAAAAUACAUAAUGGAGAGUUUUUAAAUUAUUAAGGGCUAGAUUUACUUUAGUUAUUUUAAUCUAAAGGAUUUUGCAUUUUUCAAAGCUAACCAGAAUUAAAACAGAAAUGAUAUUUAUUUAAUAAUGAACUAAUGUCGUAAAUCAUUUAUCUUUUCAUUAUUCUUCUUAUAUUAAAUUUAAAAAUUCUGA